GGGGUGAUGUCAGUGGUAGCUGGGUUUCUGCAUCCAGUACUUCCUGUAUCAGAGCAGGCUUGGCUAAAUACCAGCAGGCUUUUCUCCUCCUAAUCUAACGAGCAAUAGCAGCCGGAGGAAGAGGAUUGUCAAGUGCCGGGUCUAGCGUCUCCCUUUUGAGCGUUGCUUGACAUCUCCAGCCCCGGAGAGCUGCAUGUGUGUGAGGCGAUCCAAAAGGAGAGAAUGGCAGUCCUCAAACUCACCGACCAGCCACCGCUGGUCCAAGCAAUUUUCAAUGGUGACCCUGAUGAGAUACGUAUGCUAAUCUACAAAACAGAAGAUGUUAAUGCUUUGGACACAGAGAAGCGAACCCCUCUUCACGUUGCUGCUUUUCUGGGGGAUGCAGAGAUAAUUGAGCUGCUCAUCUUGUCAGGGGCCCGUGUCAAUGCAAAGGACAACAUGUGGCUGACCCCUCUCCACCGAGCAGUUGCUUCGAGGAGUGAAGAAGCAGUGCAAGUAUUGAUUAAACAUUCAGCUGAUGUCAACGCCCGGGACAAGAACUGGCAGACACCCUUGCAUGUAGCAGCUGCAAAUAAAGCCGUGAAGUGUGCCGAAGUGAUCAUUCCACUUCUGAGUAGUGUCAAUGUCUCUGACAGAGGGGGUCGGACUGCGUUGCACCAUGCAGCUCUGAAUGGCCAUGUUGAAAUGGUGAACCUGCUUUUGGCUAAAGGGGCAAACAUUAAUGCCUUUGACAAAAAGGACCGAAGAGCUUUGCACUGGGCAGCAUACAUGGGCCACUUGGAAGUUGUUGCAUUGCUGAUCAGUCAUGGUGCUGAGGUGACAUGCAAGGAUAAGAAGGGUUACACUCCACUUCAUGCUGCUGCAUCCAAUGGGCAGAUCAGUGUGGUGAAACACCUCCUCAAUCUUGGUGUGGAGAUUGAUGAAAUUAACAUCUAUGGAAAUACUGCACUUCAUAUUGCUUGUUAUAAUGGGCAGGAUUCUGUAGCUAAUGAGCUGAUUGACUAUGGAGCUAAUGUCAACCAACCUAAUAACAGCGGAUUCACUCCCCUGCAUUUUGCUGCUGCAUCUACACAUGGAGCUCUUUGUCUGGAACUCUUAGUGAAUAAUGGAGCAGAUGUUAACAUUCAGAGUAAAGAUGGAAAGAGUCCAUUGCACAUGACAGCUGUACAUGGGAGAUUUACACGGUCCCAAACCCUCAUUCAGAAUGGAGGUGAAAUUGACUGUGUUGAUAAGGAUGGCAACACCCCUCUCCAUGUGGCUGCAAGAUAUGGACAUGAGCUUUUGAUUAACACCCUGAUAACAAGUGGAGCUGAUGCUGCCAAAAGUGGCAUCCACAGAAUGUUCCCCUUACACUUGGCAGCACUAAAUGCUCAUGCUGACUGCUGUAGGAAAUUGCUGUCAUCAGGACAAAAGUAUAGCAUAGUGUCCUUGUUUAGUAAUGAGCACGUGCUGUCUGCAGGCUUUGAAAUAGACACCCCAGAUAAAUUUGGAAGAACGUGCCUCCAUGCCGCUGCUGCGGGAGGUAAUGUUGAUUGUGUAAAACUCUUGCAGAGCAGUGGAGCAGAUUUCAAUAAAAAGGACAGAUAUGGAAGGACACCUUUGCACUACGCAGCUGCAAAUUGUCAUUUCCAAUGUAUGGAGAUGCUGGUGACCACAGGGGCCAAUAUUAAUGAAACAGAUGACUGGGGACGAACAGCUUUACACUAUGCUGCUGCCUCAGACAUGGACAGAAAAAGAAAGAAUAUUUUGGGUAAUUCCCAUGAAAAUGCUGAAGAACUUGAAAGAGCCAAUGAAAUGAAGGAAAAAGAAGCUGCAUUGUGUCUAGAAUUUCUUCUUCAUAAUGAAGCCAACCCAUCAAUCCAAGACAAAGAUGGGUACCAUACAGUGCACUAUGCUGCUGCUUACGGACACAGGCAGUGUUUAGAACUGCUUCUGGAGAAAACCAGCAACAUUUUUGAGGAAUCAGACUCAACAGCUACAAAAAGCCCUUUGCACUUAGCUGCCUAUAAUGGUCAUCAUCAAGCCUUGGAGGUGCUCCUUCAGUCUCUGGUAGAUCUGGAUAUUAAGGAUGAAAAAGGACGUACUGCCUUGGACCUAGCCGCAUUUAAGGGCCACACUGAAUGUGUUGAAGCUCUCGUCAACCAGGGUGCUUCCGUCGUGGUAAAAGAUAACAUCACCCAACGGACCCCCCUUCAUGCCUCAGUUAUCAACGGACAUACAUCAUGUUUGCGGCUUUUGUUAGAAGUAGCAGAUAACCCUGAUGUGACAGAUGCCAAAGGACAAACUCCAUUGAUGCUAGCUGUGGCUUAUGGGCACAUAGAUGCCGUCUCCUUGUUACUUGAAAAAGAAGCAUCUGUGGAUGCAGCUGAUAUCUUGGGAUGCACUGCUUUACAUCGAGGGAUUAUGACAGGGCAUGAGGAGUGUGUUCAAAUGCUGUUGGAACAAGAACCAUUGAUUUUGUGUAAGGACGCCAGAGGCAGGACACCUCUACAUUAUGCAGCAGCUCGUGGUCAUGCCACAUGGCUGAGUGAAUUGAUGCAGUUGGCGCUUUCAGAAGAGGACUACAAUUUUAAAGAUAAUCAAAGUUAUACACCAUUGCACUGGGCUUCUUAUAAUGGUAAUGAAAGCUGUAUAGAGGUACUGUUGGAACAGAAACCUUUCCGCAACUUUAACGGGAAUCCUUUCUCUCCAUUGCACUGUGCUGUAAUCAAUGAUCAUGAAAAUUGUGCUUCACUUCUCAUUGGGACCAUUGGUGCUGGCAUUGUCGAUUAUAAAGAUGACAAGGGAAGAACACCACUUCAUGCAGCAUCCUUUGCUGACCAUGUGGAAUGCUUGCAGCUUCUCUUAAGCCACAAUGCACAAGUAAAUGCUGCAGAUAAUUCAGGGAAAACGCCACUUACGAUGGCUGCUGAAAAAGGACACGUAGGUGCUGUAGAUUUUUUGGUGAACAGCGCGAAGGCUGAUCUAACUUUGAAAGAUAAGGACUUGAAUACAUCCUUGCAUUUGGCUAGCAGUAAAGGACAUGAAAAAUGUGCCUUGUUGAUACUUGACAAGAUACAAGAACAGAGCCUUAUUAAUGCAAAAAAUAAUGCAUUACAAACACCUCUUCAUAUUGCUGCACAGAAUGGCUUGAAGAUGGUAGUUGAGGAGCUACUAGCAAAAGGGGCAUGUGUACGAGCAGUAGACGAAAAUGGUCAUACACCAGCCCUGGCUUGCGCUCCUAACAAAGACGUGGCUGACUGCCUGGCACUCAUUUUGGCUACCAUGAUGCCUUUUUCUCCUUCCAGUACAAUGACGGCUCUCAACUUCAUUUCUUUUAAAAAAGACAAUUUGAGCAGGACUCAUCUCUGCAAUAGCUCAAAUAUGAGUAACACCAUUAACUCCUAUAGUAAAUCCUUAAGUAACGAUGUAGGAGCAGAAAAUGGAUACAAUGAAAAUGAUUCUGAUUCGGAAACAUUUUGAUGCCAUCAUUUUGACGCCAGCAUUCAAUGCCCCUUUUCUUGGUUGCAUUUGGAUUUAAGAUGGUAUUUUACUUUUUAAAAAAAGACCUGAAUCCCAGAAUUAUAUUUGACCUUCACAACUGGAAUGAGUACAGUUAGGCAACAAAAGGCUUACAGUUGCCUGUUAAACUGUAAGAAAACUAGAGGUUUUUAUUGAAAUGUAUUCUACUACUUCCAGCUCUGUCAUGCUUUCCAUAGGUCCUCAGGGCUCCUGUGGAAGUCUCUACCUCCUAUUUUAUGCAGAAAGCGAAAGCUGCCUUUUUCUGUUCUGACAGCACAAGUAAACAGGGAACUGUUGUGUAAAGUAUACUGUAAAUAUGAAGACAUUUUUCCAAUAUAGUAUUUGUACAUCAUGGAAAGAAACUUGCAUCUCUCUUCACUUCAUUAUCUGUUUCAUAGUUCUUUAGUCUUUGUUUUUAGAUAUCUUUGUUAUGCAAACCAAAGAUAAAGUCACAGUUUUUUUUCUUUUGUUUGGAAGCACUGCACUGCCAGUAUCACCACUUUCCAUGGAAAUUUAAACUACUAAAUUCUACAUGUAUUAAGCAUUUAAAUACAUAAAAAGCAAUUUUAGAAGACAUUAGCCACACCUUCAUUUACAAUUUGACCCAAUCUGGCUUGCUUCAGUCACCAUACAUAUCACGGCAAAGAGAUUAUUGGUAAGACAGGCACGAUCUGCCUUACUUUUUUAUUAUUUGGCACCGUGUUGCUUGGUUUAUUUGCACUUUGCAGUUAAGGGUCCCUGGAUACAUGUUGCCUGUGCUGUCAAGGCAAUGAUCUCUUCUACAUUGUAGAUUGAUAAUGCACCUAAAUGUUUGUUGUUUGCCAAAUUUAAAGUUUUUUUUAACUUUAGGUUUCUGUAAUGCGGUUUUUAUUUUGAGCAUUGUCUGGUUUUAAAAUUCUGCAACAUCCGGGCUACAUGAAGUUGCUAUUGUCUGUAAAUUACUAUUAUUGUGCAAAGAUACACACAGCAGAUAAAACCAAAACAGACAAAGUGGAAAAACCAAGCAAUCAUCAGGAAGUACAUAAGGGAAUUGUGAUAUUCUAAAAAGGCCUGCUGACAUCAGCUUACUUACUAAACAUCUGCAUUAUGAAUAUCUACUCCUUCUGCCAAAGCUUCUAGGUCAAAUGGACCCUGUUCCUCGCCUGAGAAAGAUGUACAGAAUGAAGAAUGAGACUUAAAAAACAAAGAACCAACCAGCUACCAUGAGGACCAAAAGGCUUCAGUAUCUUAAAUGGGAAGAUUUAUUAUUUUUGUAAUGAUGCAAGUGAAAAUUCAAAUAACUUUUCUAAUCACAUGUGUAUACAAAAGUGUUUUAUGUAAUUAAGAGUCUUGGCUGUAUUGUACACUUUAAGACACAAAUUUCUAGUAGUCAUUUUGACAUUUGUAACUGAUGGAUGAUGUGUUGAUCACAAUUUAUUUUUCCAGACUAGAAAAUGUUCAUACUUUCAAUGUUAAAUGUGUUUAUAUUUAUUUGAAAUGAAACAAGUGCCCAGAAAAAAGAAGACCAUGGUUUGUUCUUUUUAAAUUGUUAUUAUGUCUUAUUAGCUAUGAAUUUAGGCAAGCCUGAUGUCCUGGGUUUGACGGAGAGAAUGGGCACAUGCUGUAGCUACUGUUUUUUGGUUCUUAUAUAGCAAAGCUGGGUGAAAUGUGAAAGCAAAGCUCUCUUCAUGCCCAGUAUGGCAAGGGGAGUCAGUGUGUACUGCAUGAUUCCAUAGAAUGGUUGCCAUGGCGUAUUUAUUCCCUCAGUUAAGGAAAUGGUGUUCCAAAUUUCAUAGUGAAAAACAGAAAGUCUAAGGUUCCAGGAGGGAACUGCCCUUCCUCAUUAAAGCAACUUAUACUAUCGAUCAGGGGUGGGCAACCUCAGGCCCGGAAGCCAGAUGCACCCUUCUAGGCUGCUAUCUGGCUCUUGGGACUCUCCUUGGACAAACCUCCUUACCCCCUCUCCCCAGGUCACACCUCUCACUGCUCCUACUUCUCCUUGGGUGUUUUCUGCCUGGAUGGAAUGUGUCCUUGAACUCUGAUCAUGCCUCUUGCUGUUCCUCCAGCCCACCUUUCCAGAAAGUGGAACAGGCUGCAAUUGGAGAACUCCUUGUACUGCAGCAAAUGGUAGUGUGGAGUUUGUUUUUAAAGGAAAAGAUACUCCCUUUCUCUGGGAUCAGAUGACACUGUGGGCCAGAAUGCCCAAAAUAGUCUGGAUGGUGCUAUAGGCCAGACGUAGUCCACAGGUUCCCCAUCCCAGAUGUAGUCCUUCAGUAGGAAAUACAGUUUUGAAUUUAAUUCCCAUUACCUUAAGAAAACUGACACAAGCUGCAGAGUGUUCCAUAAAACCCACUGUAAGACUCUGCAAGAAAUCCAUGACCGCAAGUUGCAAUCACAGGCUCAUCAAGCAGUCAGCAGUUUAGAGUGCCAGCUUUUAUGGAAAACAACAGCCCAAACCUGUUUUUAUCUGCAGAGUUCUGGAACUGAGAUAUACAGUGCUAUCAGGAGUUUGUGCUGUAAAUGCACUUUGAAAGGAAAGAGGCUAAUGUCAGACUCUAAUCAUUUCAGCUAGACUGAUGAUGCAUGUUGGUCUGUUUUGUCUAGAAGGAUUGAGACUGAGGGCUCCUACAUUAGAUCCUGUAACAGACAUGGCAAAGAAACAUUGUAUGGUGCAGGUCACUGAUCAUCAAUCAACAAUAUUUUAAUAAGGAAAGCAAUCUUGUGAAAACAUUUAAAAUUACCCAAUUAUAAUAGUAUACAAACAUUAUGCAAUGUCAGGGUAGGGUCUGAGAGGUACAUAAAUGUCUGAGGAAGAAAAAUCUAAUUGACUAUCAGUGAGAGAGAAACAUGGUAAUUUCAUCUACAGUACUGCAUUUUGCCAAGCUAUUAUGCAUCAGAUUGGUGGGAACUGUGAAAUGGAACAUUUUCAACCCUUAACUAAAAUGCAAAAACCUCUUCCGACUGUAAAGAUUCAUAUUUCGUUUCUUUUUUUCUGUGUCAGCUGCACUGGGAAAACUAGGCAUCUAAAUCAUGGCUUUUCCCUCUUAGUACUGUAACUUUUUAUAACUGAAAAACUCAUUCUAGAAUAUUGCUGAACAGCAAUAACUGAUACUUAGAGCACUUAAAGUGAGGGAGAACCAACAUGUCUGCAACAUGUCUGUGUAGAACUGAAUAUAAACCCUACACUUUCUGAUUUCUAGGGUGAUCAUUUAUUUAAAGAGCAGGGAAUGUUAGUUCUUUACAGCAUUAAUAUUUACUCUUCUUUAUUUCUCCUUUUAGAACAGAAUAUUGCAAAAAUCACUGAGUGAAAUCCAACAUUGUCUGGAUUUGCCUUGUGCCCCCCCCCCCAAUCUGCUGUAGAGGAGCCUCAACCCUUUGGAGCAGAUUCUGGGAUCAUGAGGGGGGAAGGAGUAGAGGAAAGGGAAGCCACUUAAAAAGGUAAAGGUAUCCCCAUACUUAUAGUGCGAGUCGUUUCCGACUCUUAGGGUGAUGUCUUGCGACAUUUACUAGGCAGACUGUAUAUAUGGGGUGGGAUUGCCAGUUCCGUCCCCGGCCUUUCUUUACUCCCCAGCGUAUGCCGGGUACUCAUUUCACCGACCACGGAUGGAUGGAAGGCUGAGUGGACCUUGACCCCUUUUACCGGAGAUUCGACUUACAUGAACAGAACUCUGGCAGCAUUGGAUGUCACCCCAUUGUUUACUGACAACAGCUGGAAUUACUUACAGGAACGCCUUACCUUCAAGGCUGAAACCCUCUGCACCCUUACAUGGAAGUAAGCUGUACUGAACCAUGUGGACCUUAUUUCCAAAUUCAUGCGUUUAGGACUGGGCUGCAUAUUAGGAACAUAAGCUGCUGCCUUAUAUUGAGUCAGAUCAUUGGUCCACCUAGCUCAGCAUUGUCUCUACUACACUGACUGGCAGUGUUCUCCAGGGUUGCAGAUGCCAGUGACAGUGCAAAGCAUGUGUUCUACAUGCAAAGCAUGUGUUUUACCACUGAAUUAUGAUUUUCCCAUAAUGCCUUUCUUCCCUAUGACUAAUCCCAAGAAAGGCAGUGCUUUGAAAUUAGGCCCUCACAAUAUUUUUGAUAGUGUAUCACUUAAGUGUAAAAGAACAGUGCAAUCCACAGCCAUUGGAAUUAAAUGAGGCAUUUGCAAUCAACUUUAGUGUGACAUGGAUUACAUUCGAAAUAUUCUCUUAUCUAAAUGGCAAUAUUGCUUUUUUAGCAGACAAGGUACUGUAUUUAAACUAUUGUAAAGAUCAGGUUUGGUCUAGUUUUGAUUGGUUACAUCUAUCGGAAGCUAAGUGCUCUGUUCCACUGAAAUCAGUGGGACCUGCUUUCAAGUAAAUUUGUUUAAGACUGAGAAGCAUGAGCUUGAUCAUGAGUAGUAAGUAAUGCAUGCAUCUCCCUCUACACACACGCUUCUGUGGUGACAACUACUAUUAAUUCUUGUGAAACUUCAGCUGCAGGGUUACAAUGCAUGACUUACCGCUUGCUGGUCUCUAUUAUUUCAAUUGUAAGAUGAAAUAGCUCAGGGUUUUUUUUUUAUUUAUCACUACUAAAAGGGCACCACAUUAUGUUUUGGUACUUUUUUACAGCAACAUCUGCUGUACUUAACUAUGAAUUAUGACAAAUCAAACUCAAUUUCUUGUCUACUCUGUUUAGAAACUUGACAAUGUAUCUAGGUUUUUAUCAUGUAAGAAACUUUUAGAGUGCCUUUUUAUAUUUGUGUACGCUGGUAUGUUUCGCGACUGUCUUUCAUUCAUUUGAAUGAUACUGAAGCAAUAUAAUUGUUCAUUUUCAUUUCAAAUCUUUAUUUGAACUUUUACAAAAUUCUUCUUGUGUUAACAUGAAAACUAAUAUGCUAAAUUUGUAUAGGAAAUGUGCAUACUUUUCUGCAGUGCUACAAACACUUUCUUAUUACACAAAGCAAACCUUAGGUCAGUGUUAUUGGGAAGAGAGUUUUAAAAUGGUGACAAUCUUGAGUGUAUAAAAUACAAUUAUACGUGUUUGUAAUGCAGUGAUAUAAAUACUAAAAAGCCAAUAUCUAAUGUUUUUUGUAGUUUUGUCUUCAUAUUUUAUGCUUUUAGCAUGUGCAAUAUAUCUUUACAAACCAUGGUGAAAUGAAUCUGGUGCCAGUGUUACAUUUUGUAUGAAAUGUGUGUAAUAAACAAUAUGAAAUAUUGUUGAAUGGUUUCAGUGAGUUUGUUGCUAGUUAUUUUUUUAAUGUAAACUGAACUUUAAUUACUUAACUAUGAAGUUAAAUGACAUGGCUGUACAAAGUGGGUAUAAGAGAUUAAUUUGGACCCCAGCCUGAAUUUAUUCAAGCACAGUUUAAUAUCUUUUUCAACUACUGAAUGCUGUAUUAGUUGUAACUGAGUAUCUUAACUGCAAAUGAAUACUGAAAUGCAUUCAGAUGGAUAUUUUUACAAAUAAAUGGUACAAAU